UUUUUGUUUUUGUUUUUGUUCGUUUCAUCGUUUACGUCACAAAACACAAACCAACAACAACCGUGACUGUCUGUCUGUGUGUGAAUCUUACAAGAUUAUUCCAUUUUCCACUCUCUCCUUUUUCUCUCUCUCACCGCACAACACAAGCCUCAACAAGGUAAGACUUAGAUUCCCCUUUCUCCAUUUCUUAUCUUCUUGUCUCCUUUCCCUCAAUUUGUUUUCAACCACUUUCUUUCUAUCUCUUCCUCGUCUUCCUUCUCAUCGGUUCAUCAGUUGAAGGCGAGAGAGGGGAGUGUUUUAUGCUCAUGUGUUGUUCUGCUUAGGCUUGUUCACUGAGCGUAAACAUGGCUUUCGGGCCAUUGGAUUGGUAUUGUCGCCCUGUUGCGAAUGGACUGUGGACAAGGACAGUUCAGAAUGCCUUUGGUGCUUACACUCCUUGUGCAGUUGACUCUCUGGUGAUCUCUGUUUCUCAUUUGAUUCUUCUUGGCCUAUGCGUCUACCGUAUAUGGUUGAUUAAGACGGAUUUCAAAGCUAAGAGGUUAUGUUUGAGGUCAAACCUCUACAAUUAUUUUCUGGGAUUAUUGGCUGCAUACUGUGUGGCUGAGCCAUUAUACAGAUUGAUCAUGGGGAUAUCAGUUCUGAAUAUUGAUGGCCAGACUAGUCUUGCUCCAUUUGAGAUAGUUGCUCUGAUUGUUGAGGCCCUUACUUGGUGCUCUAUGUUGAUUAUGCUUUGGAUUGAAACUAAAGUCUACAUCAGUAAAUUCCGAUGGUUCGUCAGAUUUGGAUUGAUUUAUGCUAUUGUAGGGGAUGCUGUUAUGGUCAAUCUCGUCAUUUUGGUGCAAGAGUUCUAUAGCAGAUCUGUGCUGUAUUUGUACAUCAGCGAGGUGGUCUGCCAGGUUUUGUUUGGAAUACUUUUGCUUGUGUAUGUUCCUACUUUGGAUCCUUAUCCAGGUUACACAUCCAUUGAGAGUGAAGUGGAUACUGAUGCUGAGUAUGAUGAACUCCCUGAAGGAGAGCUGAUAUUUCCUGAGAGGCAGGCCAACAUAUUUUCAAAAACACUUUUUUCUUGGAUGAAUCCCCUCAUGCAACUUGGAUACAAAAGACCGCUUACUGAAAGAGAUAUAUGGAAAUUAGAUACGUGGGAUACGACGGAGACACUGAACAAUGGGUUCCAGAAAUGUUGGGCUGAGGAGUCUCAGAAGUCGAAACCUUGGCUCUUAAGAGCAUUAAAUGCAAGCCUUGGAAGAAGGUUUUGGUUUGGAGGCCUUUGGAAGAUUGGCAAUGAUGUUUCCCAAUUUUCGGGCCCACUUAUAUUGAAUCAGCUGCUACAGUCUAUGCAAGAAGGUGGUCCGGCUGGGAUUGGUUAUAUAUAUGCCUUCUCAAUAUUUCUUGGAGUGGUCUUUGGGGUUUUAUGUGAAGCUCAAUAUUUUCAGAAUGUCAUGCGUGUUGGUUACAGGCUAAGAUCAACGCUGGUAGCUGCUGUAUUUCGCAAGUCUCUAAGGCUUACUCAUGAAUCACGAAAGCAAUUUGCAUCUGGAAAAAUAACCAACUUAAUGACUACAGAUUCUGAGGCACUUCAGCAAAUAUGCCAAUCACUUCACACUUUAUGGUCAGCUCCAGUUCGAAUCGUUGUUGCUAUGUUUCUUCUUUACCAAGAACUAGGUCCUGCUUCCCUUAUUGGUGCUUUGAUGCUAGUUCUUAUGUUUCCACUACAGACUUUUGUUAUCAGCAGAAUGCAGAAGUUGUCUAAGGAAGGAUUACAACGUACAGACAAGAGAAUUGGUCUCAUGAAUGAAAUUUUGGCUGCCAUGGACACCGUAAAAUGUUAUGCAUGGGAGAGUAGUUUCCAAUCUAAAGUACUGAAUGUCCGAAGUGAUGAAUUAUCAUGGUUUCGAAAAGCAUCACUACUUGGAGCGUUAAAUGGAUUUAUACUAAAUAGCAUUCCAGUUCUUGUAACUGUGGUUUCAUUUGGAGUUUUCACGUUGCUUGGAGGGGAUUUGACACCUGCAAGAGCUUUCACAUCACUUUCUCUGUUUGCCGUGCUUCGAUUCCCUCUCUUCAUGCUUCCUAAUACCAUAACUCAGGUGGUUAAUGCGAAUGUGUCCUUGAAGCGUCUGGAGGAUUUGCUUUUAGCAGAAGAGAGAAUACUUCUACCAAAUCCACCUCUUGAGCCAAGCUUACCAGCUAUCUCGAUCAAGAAUGGAUACUUUUCUUGGGAUGCAAAGGAAGUGCGACCUACAUUGUCAAACAUAAAUUUGGAUAUACCUGUUGGUAGCCUAGUUGCAGUUGUUGGUAGCACUGGAGAAGGGAAGACAUCACUCAUAUCUGCGAUGCUUGGAGAACUUCCUCCAAUUGCAGACUCAACUGUUGUAAUGAGAGGAACAGUUGCUUAUGUACCCCAAAUUUCGUGGAUUUUUAAUGCAACUGUACGGGAUAAUGUUUUAUUUGGUUCUGGCUUUGACCCAAGAAGAUAUGAAAAGGCAAUAGAUGUGACUGAACUGCUUCAUGACCUUGAGUUACUGCCUGGUGGUGAUCUUACUGAAAUUGGCGAAAGAGGGGUAAACAUCAGUGGUGGCCAGAAGCAAAGAGUAUCCAUGGCUAGAGCUGUCUACUCCAAUUCUGAUGUGUUCAUAUUUGAUGACCCCUUGAGUGCUCUCGAUGCCCAUGUGGCUAGACAGGUUUUUGAUAAGUGCAUCAAGGGAGAAUUGAGAGGGAAGACCCGAGUUCUUGUUACAAACCAGCUACAUUUCCUUUCUCAGGUUGACAGAAUCGUUUUGGUCCAUGAUGGUAUGGUGAAGGAGGAGGGAACUUUUGAGGAACUCUCAAACCAGGGACCAUUGUUCCAAAAACUUAUGGAAAAUGCGGGUAAGAUGGAGGAGUAUGAAGAAGAAAAGGGAGAUAUUGAAACCACUGAUCAGAAGUCCCCUUCAAAACCAGUGGUCAAUGGCGAAGUUAAUGAUUCUACAAAGGGUGGGAGUAAACAAAAAGGAGGAAAAUCUGUCCUUAUCAAACAGGAAGAACGGGAAACAGGUGUUGUCAAUUGGAACGUUCUAAUGAGGUACAAAAAUGCAUUAGGAGGCUCUUGGGUGGUUCUUAUACUCUUUGGAUGCUAUGUCUUAACAGAGGGGCUACGAGUAUCAAGUAGCACGUGGUUAAGCCAUUGGACUGAUCAGAGUACUACUGAGGGUUAUAAUCCUGCCUUUUACAAUCUGAUAUAUGCGUCUCUAUCAUUUUGUCAGGUUUUGGUGACUCUAACAAAUUCUUUCUGGCUAAUCCUAUCAAGUCUUUAUGCUGCCAGAAGGUUGCAUGAAGCCAUGCUUAACUCUAUAUUACGAGCUCCGAUGGUCUUCUUCCAUACAAAUCCACUCGGAAGGAUCAUCAACAGGUUUGCCAAGGAUCUAGGCGAUAUCGAUCGUAAUGUUGCCCCGUUCAUGAACAUGUUUCUAGGUCAAGUUUUCAUGCUUCUCUCAACAUUCAUCCUCAUAGGUAUUGUCAGCACAAUGUCCUUGUGGGCGAUAAUGCCAUUGCUGGUACUGUUUUAUGGAGCAUAUCUAUACUAUCAGAGCACAGCUCGUGAAGUGAAGCGAUUAGAUUCAAUUAGCAGAUCUCCUGUUUAUGCACAAUUUGGAGAAGCUCUGAACGGUUUGUCAACAAUUCGCGCUUACAAAGCAUACGAUCGAAUGGCGGAGAUAAAUGGGAGAUCCAUGGACAACAACAUCCGAUUCACGUUGGUGAACAUAAGCGCAAACCGAUGGCUCGCGAUCCGGUUGGAAACCCUAGGAGGCCUCAUGAUAUGGUUCACUGCGUCCUUCGCAGUGAUGCAGAACGGUAGGGCAGAGAACCAGCAAGAAUUAGCAUCCACCAUGGGGUUGCUUCUCAGUUACGCUUUGAAUAUCACCAGCUUGCUCACUGGUGUGCUCAGGCUUGCAAGUUUGGCUGAGAAUAGUUUGAAUUCUGUGGAACGUAUUGGAACAUACAUAGAUUUGCCUUCAGAGGCUCCUUCUGUCAUUGAGGAUAAUCGCCCUCCCCCUGCGUGGCCUUCUUCGGGUGCCAUCAAAUUCAAUGAUGUUGUUCUUCGCUACAGGCCUGAGCUUCCUCCUGUGUUGCAUGGCAUCAGUUUCACGAUUUUCCCGAGCGAUAAGGUUGGCAUUGUUGGGAGGACUGGCGCGGGAAAAUCCAGCAUGCUCAAUGCACUGUUUCGGAUAGUGGAAUUGGAAAGAGGGAGAAUACUGAUUGAUGAUUGUGAUAUUGCAAAGUUCGGGUUGGCUGAUUUGCGUAAAGUUCUGGGCAUUAUACCACAAUCUCCAGUUCUCUUUUCAGGAACUGUGAGAUUUAAUCUUGAUCCAUUUACUGAACACAAUGAUGCUGACCUCUGGGAGGCUCUGGAGAGGGCACAUUUGAAGGAUGUGAUUCGAAGAAAUUCUUUGGGGCUGGAUGCCGAGGUAUCUGAGGCAGGCGAGAACUUCAGUGUUGGGCAGAGGCAACUGUUGAGUCUUGCCAGGGCUUUAUUGCGGAGAUCUAAGAUAUUAGUACUUGAUGAGGCAACUGCAGCAGUUGAUGUUAGAACAGAUGCACUCAUACAGAAAACAAUCCGAGAGGAAUUUAAAUCCUGUACAAUGCUCAUUAUUGCUCAUCGCCUUAACACCAUUAUUGAUUGUGAUCGGAUUAUUUUGCUUGAUGGUGGCAAGGUUCUCGAGUAUGAUACCCCUGAGGUGCUGCUGUCAAAUGAAGGUAGUGCUUUCUCUAAGAUGGUGCAGAGUACAGGAGCUGCAAAUGCCCAAUACUUGCGCAGCUUAGCACUUGGCGGGGACAAAUCAGAAAGAGCAGAGAACACGCGUCUCGAUGGUCAGAGAAAAUGGAUGGCUUCUUCCCGGUGGGCUGCUGCAGCCCAGUUUGCUCUUGCUGUUAGUCUCACGUCAUCGCAGAAUGACCUACAACGGUUGGAAGUAGAAGAUGACAACAGUAUUCUCAAGAAGACAAAGGAUGCUCUGAUAACUUUGCAGGGGGUUUUGGAAAGGAAGCAUGAUAAAGAAAUUGAGGAAUCUUUAGAACAGCGACAAGUGUCCCCAGAAGGAUGGUGGUCAUCGCUUUACAAGAUGAUUGAAGGUCUUGCUAUGAUGAGUAGAUUGGGCAGGAACAGGCUCCAUGAACCAGACUACGGUUUUGAGAACCAAUCAAUCAACUUUGAUCAAGUUGAUAUGUAGGGAAAGCUUUUACCAAGGUUUUGCUAACUAUAUUUUGGCGACAUAGCUUCUGCCACUGAAUUUAUCUUAGAAAUUGCAAUAGAUCUUAUUUUGUAUAUUUGAAGGAAGAAAAUCAUGUAACUUUUUGUCAUUCAGCACUUUAAUUUUGAUUGCCAAAAGAAUUUUGUCUAAAUGGUCAUUUGGAUCCAAGAUACUUUGAUAGUUAUCCCUGUACCAUCUUUCCAAAUCAAUAACACUUGAUAUUAACUA